UGGAACAUAUUUUCCACAUUAAAAAACUUGAGCCAGAGGGCCGGACAAUAUUUCCACACUUGAUCAAGUUUUCUAGUAUUGAAAAGUUCAUGGAUAUCAAAGCUACUGGGCAUGGAGAAAACGACCGAGCCGAAGAGGCUUUUGAUGUGACUAUGGCUGGUGUCAAGGGCCUUGUUGAUGCCGGCACAGUUCACGUACCCAAGAUAUUCAUAGGGCCACCUAAUGAGCUCACCCAGUUUGCCAUGUGUUACGAACCGAACAUGCAAAUUCCAGUCAUUGAUCUCCAUGGCACCCAUAAGCAGAUUGUGGAUGAAGUUCGGACUGUGUCCGAAACAUGGGCAUUCUUCCAAGUGGUCAAUCAUGGAGUCCCAGUGAGUGUACUGAAAGAUAUGAUCUAUGGAGUAGUCAAGUUUAACGAGCAGGAUCUUGAUGCCAAGAAAGUUUGGUAUAACCGUGAUCGAGCAAAAACUGUCAGAUUCAAUAGUAACUAUGACCUGUACCACGCGCGAGCGGCUAAUUGGAGGGACACUCUGAUUUAUACCAGGACUGCUGUUGAUGAUCCCAAACAACUCCCUUCAGUUUGUAGAGAUGAAACAAUUGAGUACACAAAGCAUGUCAUAAAUUUGGGAGACCAACUUUUUGGAUUAUUAUGGGAGGCUCUUGGGCUCAAACCAGACUACCUAAAGGAAUUGGGAUGUGCUAAAGAUUAUACCUGUGCGUGCCACUACUCUCCAGCAUGCCCAGAACCAGAAUUAACAAUGGGAAGCAGCAAGCACUCAGUUCCUUAUUUCCUGACUAUUCACCGUCAAGAUCAAAUUGGUGGCCUUCAAGUCCUUCAUGACAAUCAGUGGGUUAAUGUGAACCCAAUUUCAGGUGGCUUGGUAGUAUAUAUAGGUGACCUUCUUCAGGUUUGUUACCAAAUACAUUAUUUUUGCUGCUAUUGUAACGUUGUGUAUGUAUGUAUAUAGUCGCCAACUUUCUAAAGUUUCCUGAAAAUUUGUCCAGGUUAUGCCAAAUGACA